AUGGCACCCCAACCUUCUGUCAAGAUUAUUUCUCCCAGAAUUGCAACCGUUGCAACGCAGUGUUUUUCGCAACACAUAGCGUUGACUCGCAGUAAAGUUGCGGAUAAGCAGAUUACCCUCAAUAAGCAAGUAGCCGCUAAACCUCGUUACGAUAUCAAUUCGCCCGACCCAGCAAACAAACAUCCGCAGCAUUUGCAAACAGAUAACAAGACGACGGUUACAGACUUUACUCCCGGCAACCCGUCAAUCAUUGAAAAAGCGCUUGGGGCGGCAAGGGACGCUCAAGUUGCGUUUCUAAGCGAAAGUUCUGUCCCGAAAUAUGUAUGGAAUGGUGAAGGGGAAUGCAUUCCUCUUCUCGCUCCUCAUAUCUCGACUUGGUCGAUGGCUCCCUCGCGAUGGUUGGCAGUUGGAAAUUUGCCCAAGGAUAUCAAUAAAGAAGAAUUGGAGAGUGUGUUAUCGACGGAACAAAACGUUGCUGCGUCGGGCACGGUCGCAGUGACGUAUACUAACAGACCACGAACAUUAAAAUGGCUUGAGUAUGACGUUAAGGUAAAUUAUUACGACGCAAGUGUUGACUCAUGGUCAGCAGUGGAAACCAUAAAAAACUCGGGAGCGACCGACGCAAGUCAGCAGAAAAAGCCACCAAAUACGACAGUACGCUUAUCUGGAAAUAGAACAAUUCCAGUCAAGAAUGCUAUUGAUUUAAGCGCUAUAGAGGAUGGCACAGACACGCGCACUACUUUGAUGAUACGAAAUAUUCCAAAUAAAUACACUCAAGAAAUGUUCUUAGAAUGGCUUGAUGAGACGCAUUUUGGCUGUUAUGACUUUGUCUAUCUUCGCUUUGAUUUUAUCAACAAAUGUAACGUUGGAUAUGCAUUCGUGAACUUUAUUGAACCAAAGAUGAUUAUAUCAUUUGCCAAAGCGAGAAUCGGUAACAAGUGGAGUCGUUUCAACUCUGAGAAAAUUUGCAACUUGUCGUAUGCAUCGAUUCAGGGAAGCCAAGCAUUAAUCGAGAAGUUUCGUAAUUCAUCUGUCCUCGAUGAGAAGCCAGAAUACAGACCGAAACUCUUUUAUACGUCUGGUCCAAUGCGUGGUAAAGAAGCUCCGUUCCCAGCACCCAAUAAUCUCUCCAAGAGAGUGUACUCUCGUGUUUCGCUUGAUAAGUCGGUCGUUACAGUUUACAGGCGAGUGGAACGUACUUAA